AUGCGAUCUAGCAGGAUGUACAAGGCAUUAUCAAGGCCAUUUAGAAAUCUCAGCGUAUUUGAUACACUCGCUUUAUGGAUCAGAUUGACAUCGACAGUACUGGCCAUCACGUUUGGCUUAAUUUUGAUUUUGGGUCCAUUAUCGAUGCCCAAUCGCAUGUGUUUGGCAAUGUUCAAUACACGCUCUUCAGACAUCACACAGGGACUGUUUGAGGAAUUGAAAACAGCAGUCGAAGUAUUUGGAUCAACGAACGUCAACAGUGGAGUUGGUCUCACUACAUCAGAAAUCAUGAUAUUGACAGAAUAUACUGCAAAAAAGACGCAGGACCUUCCUCAGUUUAUCUCAUUCACACUCUACGGAACAUGUAGCGUAAAGUUGAUAUCGAAUGAGGUGGCCCAAUCGACGAAUUCAACCCAAACUGCACCAAACGCCAAAAAUUCGACCGAGCAAUAUUGUCAAACGUCAGGUCCUGGAUAUGUUUUCAACUAUCGUGAAAUUCUAGCUCAGCUAUCGCUGAACAUUGUUUUGGACUAUGCAUAUGAGCAGGAAUUGAACUCAGCAAUAGGACUGGCAUCAGAUUACAGCACUUAUAUGAGUAGUCUGCAUGGGAGAAAAGCAAGCUCCGUUGAAUUACUUUGUGUCACCAUUAUGUUUCAAGUAGUAAUUUUUGGAUUAACAUUGUGGUACUACAAUAUCAAAGGGAGAUCUAUUAAUCCACUCAAAGAGCGAAUAUUAACGCAUACGUUGUCAUUGUUAUCAGCUGUUUCUUUCAUUUGUGGACUUAUUGGCGUCAUCAAUUUGACUUGGAUUACAUAUAGCCUGCGAAAAAGAAUAAAUAACGAGCUAAAUUUACUCGGCUUUUCCCUUACUAUAGGACAGCCCUGGUUUGUGUGCCUGUGGUUUUUUACCUUCUUUACUCUUCUCUUAACCAUCAUUUGGUCAGGCUUAGAAUGGUGUGUUACUAACGUCAGUGGACCUUAUAAUGACGAAACCCGAGAUAACAUACUAGGAUAUGAAGCAGGUGUAUUAACAACUUGUGAUGAUCAGAUUUCGAAUUUUACUGGAUUGCUCCCGAGAAACAUUAAACAUAGUGAUAAUACUGCUAUGUCCAGGACUUCGUCGCGAAGCAUAGAUCAUAUGGAAGUGCAUGAAAUGCAAGAUAUCUCUCACAUUUCAACACACGAUAGCAACUUGUCUUAUCAAGGGCCUGUAAAACCUUCCUCAACUAUGUACUUCUGA